AUGCCACGCAAACUUGCCAUUGAGGAUCGUCUCUUCAGCCUCGACGGCUGCCACUAUGUACUAGCGCUGGAUCGUGCUAAUUGUUCUGGCUGGGAUCCUGGCUCCAUACUCUCCGUUGGUCGAGGCGACGAAGACAUGCUGGUUACCGCCAUCGAUGGUUCUGGCAUCAGCAGCGACAUCGACAAGAAAUGGCUCGAGGAUUUCAUUCGAGAAGCAUUGACGGAGGAUCAUGUGUUUAACGAGGAUUUCUUGCCCCCCUCUGAGGAUAGCGGUAAAAGACGUGUUUUCCCUCCAGGGACUGAAAACAUCACUGCAUACUACCGCCUCUCAGAGCCGGCUACAUCUACCGCGUUUGUCGUGCAGACCCUCACAGACCGGGGACACCAGAUCGUGGGACUCACGAAGCUCAGCUCCAUGAUGGCGCGCGAGGAGCCCAUGGACGCAGUCGACUUCCAGACGGCCUUCAACCCCCGCGGUGACGGAUACCAGUCUCCCGCCGGAAGCAGCCAUGGCAGCGCCGCGGCCGUGGCGGCGUAUGACUGGCUCGACUGCGCCAUCGGCACCGACACUUCGGGCAGUGGGCGGCGCCCUGCUCUCGUCAAUGGGGUAUUCCAUGUCCUCGGCAGGGUCUUCUCUGCUUGGCUUCCUGAGAGCCGUGUGGAGAGCCUUUGGGGUGGUAUGGAGGUCAUCUACCCGCUGGACUACCUCCCUGCCGCUGUGCCGGAACAGACGAGGCUGAUCGAUAGCUUCGUGGGGGAUCUCGCCACUUGCUUCGUAUGUUCUGUCACGGAGAUGUCCUUGCGAGAUUCCUGGCGGGAAUGCCCGCCCGACGGUGCCGAUCCAGACAUUGAAGCAUAUCUCAAGGACGUGAUUGUGCACACGUACUACUACUCCUACUACCAUCUCACAAGCGGCUGGCGAGAUAAACACAAGGACCGCUUCGGCCACGAGCCAUACGUCAUUCCAUUCGUCAAACAGAGAUGGGACUCCGGCGCCGCAGUGACACACCGGCAGCACGAAGAAGGCCUCAGGAAGCUCGAGGUUUACCGGAAAUGGCUCUUCGACACCUUGUUCCUGUUCCGCCGAGGCAGGACGCUCAUGGUCCUGCCCAUCUCGCCGGUGGAGCCCCAUUAUCGGGACGAGAGGGCCGAGUCCCCGCGAUACCAGUCCGCGACCCACGGACUCUUCCUGUCGCCGAUCUUGAAGGCCCCGGAUGUGGUUGUUCCGAUGGGAGAGAUACCGUACGAGUCCAGGAUAAGUGGUAGGCAGGAGUGGUUGCCGGUCGGUGUGAACCUGGUUGGCGCGCCAGGCAUGGACAAGUGGUUGUUUGAUGCAGUCACUAGGGUCCUGAGAUCCUCUGGACGGCCAGAUGUCGUAUCUUGGGGGAGUCGGAUCUUUAGGAACCGUGAGUGA